CAAAGAUGACUGCAUUUGAAGAGAUGGGCAUAAUGUCGGAGAUCGCAGAAGCGGUCGAACGCAUGGAAUGGACGCUUCCAACGGAUAUCCAGUCGGAAGCGAUUCCACUGAUUCUUGGCGGUGGAGACGUGUUGAUGGCCGCAGAGACGGGCUCUGGAAAAACGGGCGCUUUUUGUCUUCCGGUUCUUCAGAUUGUUUGGGAAACUAUUUACGACAAUCACCCGAAAAAGGGUUCAAAGGAUGGCCAAACCAAAUGGCAAUUGAGUCCAACGGAUAGAGAACUGAAUCUAUCGUUGAGUGCCGACGGGUUGUCCGCUCAGAGCAAAGGAGAUCAGCGAUGGCAGGGAUGUCGUGCCAACUACGGUGUCCAACGAGACCCGACAUCCAAAAUGAAUCGCUUCUACUUUGAGGUGCACUUCACAGACCCGGGUCUGGCACGGGUUGGCUGGUCUCUGGGCGGCGCUAACCUGGAGUUGGGUUGCGAUAACCGAAGCUGGGGUUACGGCGGGACCGCCAAAAAGAGUACCGCAAAGGACUUUGCAGACUAUGGACAGACAUUUGGCGAGAAGUUUGAUGUAAUCGGAAAUAUAGUCGAUUUGGACAACAAUAUCAUUUGGUUUACUAAAGCGGGCAAAGACUUGGGAAUCGCUUUCAAGAUUGCGCCCCAAAUGGCUGAACAGAAUGUCUUCUUUCCAGCCAUUUGUGUGAAGAACGCCGGCGUUUCGCUUAAGUUUACUGGUGACAAAUGUCCUUCAAAUACCGUUUGGGUGGGAAAUGCAACCCCGAGUCAAAUGGCGUCCAACACAAGUGGAGGAAGUUCUGCGAAAUCCAAGAACCAAAAUAUUGGUCCCAAAGCACUGAUUGUAGAGCCGAGCAGAGAGUUAGCCCAACAGACCUUCGACUGCAUCACACAAUUCAAGAAACAUUUGACAGGAGGAGGUGUGAGGCAGACAUUACUCGUGGGAGGCAUUAACGCCAGGGACCAAAUGGAGUCUUUAUCAGCCGGUGUGGACAUCGUUGUGGGCACUCCCGGAAGGAUUGAAGAACUCAUAAAUAAUGGGAAUCUAUCGCUCAGCUCUUGUCGCUUCUUCGUGAUCGAUGAAGUCGAUGCACUCCUACAACAGGGCAAUGAGAAUCUGUUGAUGCGAUGGCAUUCACAGCUCCCGCGUAUGUUUGACGACGGAAAGCGUCUGCAGAUGAUUGUGUGUUCGGCCACUUUACACAACUUUGAUGUCAAAAAAUUUGCCAAUAAAGUCAUGUAUUUCCCCACUUGGGUCGACCUAAAGGGCGAGGACUCCAUUCCGGAAACUGUUCACCACGUGGUGUAUAGAAUAGAUCCGCGACAGGACUCGAGUUGGAAAUCACUUAAAACUUCUUAUAAGAGCGAUGGCGUUCACGCCAGGGAUCACAUGAAUCAUAACAGUCCUGAUAGAGAGACAUUGAGUGAAGCCGUCAAACUACUCAAAAGUCAUUAUGUAGUGAAAGCAAUCGAUGCCCUAAACAUAGAUCAGGCCAUCAUUUUCUGUCGAACUAAACUCGAUUGCGAUUCUCUGGAGAAUCUCUUCAAUGCCAUCGGCGGAGGGCCACGGAAUCCAAACCAUAAAUAUUCGUGUGUUUGUCUCCAUUCUGACAGAAGACCCAAUGAAAGGACCGAUAAUUUGAAUAAAUUUAAGCAAAAAAAGUGUAAUUUUCUUAUCUGUACUGACGUGGCCGCCCGUGGUAUCGAUAUUAAGGGAAUCCCAUUCGUUAUUCAAAUGACUCUUCCGGACGAAAAGUCUAAUUAUUUGCAUCGUAUCGGACGCGUCGGGAGAGCCGAACGAAUGGGUUUAGCCGUGAGUUUAGUUUCCACGGUUCAGGAAAAGGUUUGGUAUCACUCGAACUGCUCGUCUAAGGGGAGGGGAUGUUAUGAGACUUCACUGGUAGAACAGGGGGGCUGUUGUAUCUGGUAUAAUGAACUUCAGAUUUUGGCUGAUGUGGAGGACAAUUUGAAUUGCAUUAUAGACACUAUUGGUUCGGAUUUCAAGAUACAAGUCAAUGAUUUUGACGGCAAAGUCACCUAUGGGUCCAAGAAUACGGGACAGAGAUAUACAUAUAAUGAUCACGUGAACCAAAUGGCCGGUGAGGUGACACAACUGUCCAAAUUAGAGACUUCCGCUCAAAACAGUUUUCUUAAGUUCUAUUUCUAAUGAAAUAUAAUAUUUGUAACCAAUAUUUGGAAUAAAACUAUUUAUUAAAUACUCAACA